UUGAACAUUUUUUUAUUUGCAAAAGUAGAGUAUGAAGAGGAGGUCGUAGCUUUUUUUGUCGUGCAAGGAGAUUGCCUGCCGGGAAAGGGCGGGGCGUGUCCGAUUUUCGUUCGUUGUUGCGGCGCGUCACGUGAGCGGUUCCCUUUCUCAACGACGUCUUUAUUCUGUUUCCUAGAUGACAAACUAGUCGAUAAAAUGACAACCAGCAUGGCUGACCCGUUAGAUUUCGGUGAACAGCAACGAUUUGAUCAACUUCAUCAUCAGCAACUUGAACAGAAACUAUUCAAUACGGGCCCCAGAGCUUCAAGGACACUACCGACAGCAACUUCGCAAAAUCUGCCCAGCGGUGACGGAUCAGCGUCGCUACCACUUGUAUGUCCUUCUGAUGUUGCUCUACAACCGUUCAAUGAAGAUAGCGUCGAUGGUCAAAUGCGUGUAUUCACGGCACCUCUGGUAAACGAGUGUAGCAAUCUUAGCAGUGCUGGAUCGAUUUCGGAUCGAGAACCUGACGGAACACCUGGAAGAUGUAAUCGUCCUGGCAUUGAGAAGAAAUCCAUACGGAAACGGCGAAGAGGUGACGAAACACCCAAAUCUGAGAGGAAGAUCACGGACUUUAUAAGGGGUCAGACGAGUCCGAAGCGAUUUGCUGUUAAUUCUAAUGGGGACAAUUAUGUCAAUGACGUAGCGCCGUUAGGAGGAAGUGCAGCAACGCAGCGUUGGAUGACAACGUCACCCACCCUCUCAAGCCGAAUCACUCCGACUAAUCCGCAUUAUUCGUCGGACUCGAACAGUAAUUCGAACCAAAGCCCUCCUACCCCUGCUGCGUCAGCACGGUUGAGAUCUGACUGUGAAACUCAAACAGAUUUCGACGAAUUGAAUCCUGCUCCACAUGAAGAGAUCACCAAACGAGAUCGUUUGAUACAAGAACUUAAAAGCCAACUCAUCGAGGAACAAAACCGGACUGCGAUCGAACGGCGAAAAAAUGAAUCUGCAAAAGAGGCCCUCAAGCGAUUGUUAAUAGAAAAGAACACAAUGGAAAGGAAAGCAAUCCGCGACAAGACAACGGAAAAUACGCCUCGAAUAGGUCAGUAUAAGCUCGUUCGUCAUGGAGAUUCCUUCCGAGAAGUUUGGGUUGAUGGUUGGGCACAGGAGGAGCUGGAUAAGAAGAUGCAGCAGAUAGCAAAUGAGAGGAAUGAAAUAGCGAAUGCCUCGGCGUUAUUGAAGAAGCGGAAACCAGUUGGUAUAGCAAAAGAAGGAACCACUCCAAAAAGGUCGGCUGCGAAUUCGUUAUCGGCACAGCUGGCAGCGAUUCAGACAGAUGGAUCAAUACCGUCAACGUCAUCGGGUGACGACGCCGUGUUUCGUCGACCUGAGGAACCCAAAGAAAUUAAUUAUCAGGAAUACAUUGAAUUAGAUGAAAUUUAUAAGCUUCGUCGUGAGCAUAUGAAAAAGGAAGAAUUAGAAGUGAUGGCCGAAAAAGAGAAAUUGGAUCGAGAGAGACAGCUUCAUUUGAGGGAGCUCAAAAGAGCAAGCAAUGAAAGAGAUUCACGCUAUAAGGAUCACGAAAUGCUCAACAAGCGUUACUUAUUGCUCUCUCUACUUGGUAAAGGAGGGUUCAGGUCAGUGAGCUGA